AGGCGCGCGAGCCGAGAGGAGGGCGUGGGCAUAACAAGGCCGGCCGGCGGAGGAAGAGGAGGAGGAAGACGAGCUCGGUUCGCAGCCAGUCACUUCAUCGGGAUUCCGGACAUCGGCGUCCGCUUAGGGCGAUCAUGUCGGUGCUCGCCCUCCAAGAGUACGAGUUCGAGAGGCAGUUCAACGAGGAGGAGGCCAUCCGGUGGAUGCAGGAGAACUGGAAGAAAUCCUUCCUUUUCUCGGCCCUCUACGCCGCCUGCAUCCUCGGCGGCCGCCAUGUCAUGAAACAACGGGAGAAGUUCGAGCUGAGGAAGCCUCUGGUGCUCUGGUCGCUCACGCUCGCAGUUUUCAGUAUAUUUGGCGCCGUGCGCACUGGAAGCUACAUGACGUACAUCCUCAUGACCAAAGGGCUCAAACAGUCAGUUUGCGACCAGAGCUUUUACAACGGGCCCGUCAGCAAAUUCUGGGCCUACGCCUUUGUGCUAAGUAAAGCGCCAGAACUGGGCGACACGCUGUUCAUUGUGCUGAGAAAGCAGAAGCUGAUCUUCCUGCACUGGUACCACCACAUCACUGUACUGCUGUACUCCUGGUAUUCGUACAAGGACAUGGUGGCCGGGGGGGGCUGGUUCAUGACCAUGAACUACCUGGUGCACGCCGUCAUGUACUCUUACUACGCGCUGCGGGCGGCCGGCUUCAAAGUGUCCCGCAACUUCGCCAUGUUCAUCACGCUGACACAGAUCACCCAGAUGCUGAUGGGCUGCGUGGUCAACUAUCUGGUGUACUCGUGGAUGCAGCAGGGCCACGAAUGCCCGUCGCACAUGCACAACAUUGUCUGGUCCUCGCUCAUGUACCUCAGCUACUUCGUGCUCUUUGUGCAGUUCUUCUGGGGGGCCUACGUGGGCAAGAGCAAAACACCCGCCCCUGUGAAGAAAAUUGAGUAGAAAGGUGACAAAAAAGGGAGGAAAAAAGAAAUGACUGAUGGCAGGAUGAUAGGUGGACCACUGUGAUGAAGCCAUCGUAAACUGAAGUUAAAACUCGAGUCCCUCAUUAAGUAGUCUUAAAUCACUUGAUCGAAAAAUCUGCCACAAGCGUUGUGUUUACUUGACUUUUUAAACAGUACUACAUAUGAACAUUUGUUUUCGUCUUGUCGGUGUGUGUGUGUUUUAUGUUUUUUAUCUGUCAAUACAAAUAAUAAAAGUUGUUAAUUUUCA